GCCCUCAAAGAAAAGGAUGACCUCAGAAGUCAACUUCUCUCUGCUAUACACCAAAUAGAAAACCUUCGGAAAGAACUGAACGAUGUGCUUACAAAGAGAGCCCAGCAGGAAGAACUCCUCCACUGCAAAGAGGUGAAACUGAAUGAAAUGAAGUCUCACCAGGUAUCUCUUGAAGAAGAGAUCAAAGAAGUUCAAGGUACUGUAUGUAAAUUGGAGAAUGAGUUGAAAAAGCAAGUCUUUCUACAAAAUCAAAUGCAAGCUGAAAAGGAACACUUGGAGACAGAACUUGCAACUAGUAACUUGAUCCACAAAAAAGAUCAAGAAAGACUCUUAGAAAUGCAAGCAGAUGUAAAAAACUUAAGCUCUGUGCGUGUGGAACUAACAAACAGAAUAGCAGAAGAGGAGAAAGUCAAAAAGCAAUUGCAUAAGAGCCUCUCGGAUCUCCAAAAACAGCAUUUUCAGGAAUCUAAGCAUGAAGAGAUGACUUCAGCAAACAGGCAGCUGAAGAUGGAAAGAGAAAUUCACCAACAGGAGCUGGCAGAUCUUAGAUCAGAGUUACAAAAUGUUAAAAUCAAACAUGAACAAGACAUUCAAGAGCUCAUGAAACUCCUUAAACAAGAAAAGGAUGAUGCAGAGGCUCAGAUUAGAGUGCUAAAGAUAGAACUUUUAAAAGAGAAAAACAUAGUCAAGACUCAAUGUCGACAACUGGAGAAGAUAAAAAUUGAGUGUGAUAAAUUAACAGAAGAAUUAACCCAAAAUGAAGAAGAAAAUAUAAAACUCAGGCGGAAGUGUGAGUUUGCAAAACAGGAACUGGAGAAAAAGGAUAAACAGAUCAGCAAUGAAGAUGAUCAUUUGAGAAGGAUGGAUGAGGCCAGACUGCAGUUUAAGGAUCAGCUGCGCCACUUAGAAAUGGAACAGGAAUCCAUUCUUACCAUGAUAGGAAGUGAAAUUGAUGCUGCUUGUGAAAUUUGUUCUCGGGACUCCAUGGAGAAAUUCAAAGCAAUAUCACUUACACCAACAGUGCUGAAUGAUCCUCAUCGCUGGUUAGCAGAAACAAAGACUAAGCUUCAGUGGCUGUGUGAGGAGGUAAAGGAGAGAGAAAGUAAGGAAAAAACCCUGCGGUGCUACUUACUGCAGAGCCGAGAACAGCUCAAGCACUUUACACAGAUGAAGGAAGCUGAACAUCAGUCUCUCUUUAAACAGUUAAAAAAGCAAGAAAAGCUUUUGGAAGAAGUUCACAGGGAAAAAAGAG